AUGGAUGUGGCGCAGAUGGUGAGCCGAGUUAUUCAGAUGUCCAAUGCCAUCUAUGCGUCUACUCGGAACUGCGAUUAUGAGAAGAUUCGACGGCUCAAGGGCAGAGGGCCCACGUCUUUGGAGAAAGAGAUCUGCACCAGCAGCAUUUUAAUUGCAAUGUUCAAUUCUCAGCUACUGACCGGCUUGUUCACAUCGUCUGUGUCAUCCUGCACCGGGAACCUCCACGUCCCAGCCAACUGCGGUACGAACAUCGCGGCUUUCGUGGCAGCCGUACCCAUCAUCCUACAAGGUGCCAUCGACAUCGACAUCAGCUGCGCCAAAGACUUCCACACUCCCUACGACUUUGAAGCCAA